GGAAACCCAUUCUCUCCGAAACUCAGUCUUCUGUUCUCAAAGACUGAAACUUUAUCUCUGAGAAACCCAGUUCCAAAGUAGCAGUAGUUUUGAAGUGCUUUCAUCAUGUUUCGCCAUGCUGCGAGGAACAGUGAUAACACCAAGUAUUAUGAGGUCCUUGGUGUCCCCAAAACUGCAAGUCAAGAUGAGCUGAAGAAGGCUUAUAAGAAAGCUGCUAUCAAGAAUCAUCCUGAUAAAGGCGGAGAUCCUGAGAAGUUCAAGGAGUUAGGUCAAGCUUAUGAAGUUCUUAAUGAUCCAGAGAAGAGACAAGUCUAUGACCGAUAUGGUGAAGAUGGUCUUAAAGAUGGACCAGGACCAGGAGAUGGUCGUCCCUCACAUAAUCCAUUUGAUAUAUUUGAAACGUUUUUGAAUCCACGUCAUCGUACACAUGUAAGAAGGCAGAAAAAAGGUGAAGAUGUGAUCCAUACCUUGAAGGUUUCUCUGGAGGAAUUGUAUAAUAGCACAAUAAAGAAACUCUCUCUCUCUAGGACUAUUUUGUGUCCCAAAUGUAAAGGGAAAGGCUCAAAGAGCGGGGCAACUGGGAGAUGUUAUGGAUGCCAUGGCACUGGAAUGAAGGUUUCAACACAGUCAAUUGGAUUGGGCAUGUUCCAACAGAUGCAACAUCUCUGCCCUGACUGUCGCGGCUCAGGUGAGGUAAUCAGUGAUAGAGAUAAAUGCCCACCAUGCAAAGGAAACAAGAUUACACAGGAAAAGAAGGUGCUGGAUGUGCACAUAGAGAAGGGAAUGGAGCAUGGACAUAAAAUUGUCUUUCAGGGACAGGCUGAUGAAGCUCCUGAUACAAUUACCGGGGAUAUUGUAAUCAUAGUGCAACUCAAGGAGCACACCAAGUUUAAGCGGAAGUUUGAUGAUCUUUACGUAGAACACACUCUCAGUUUAACUGAGUCUCUGUGUGGGUUUCAGUUUGUGUUGACCCAUCUUGAUGGCAGGCAGCUUCUGGUCAAAACAAAUCCUGGAGAAGUCAUGAAACCUGGUCAAUCGAAAGCAAUCAAUGAUGAGGGCAUGCCUCAUCACCAACGGCCAUUUAUAAAAGGAAUGCUUUACAUCCAUUUCAAUGUAGAAUUUCCAGAUUCUGGGAUUCUUUCCCCUGAUCAAUGCCGAAAUUUAGCGAGAGUACUAACACCUAACCCAAGCGAGAAGCAUCUGACUGACAUGGAGCUUGAUGAGUGCGAGGAAACCACCAUGCAUGAUGUCAAUAUUGAGGAUGAGAUGAGGCGCAAGUCAAGACAACAGUACCGGGAGGCAUAUGACGACAACAACGACGAUGAUGAUGAUGACCCCAUGCCACGGGUGCAGUGUGCCCAGCAGUAAGGCGGUUUGUUAUUUUUUUGUCCACCUUAUAGGGCGGUAUGGUAGUUGUGGUUAGUUAUAUUUCUUGGUUUGAGAUGCUUUGUAGGCCUCUAGUAUUCAUGUUACCCCAAUAUUUUUUUUGUGUUGUGUUCUUCACAUAAUAUGUUUUUUGUGUUGUGUUCUUCACAGAUUUUAAAGUGCCACGAACUAAGAAGUUAGAAUUGAUUCGAGUCCAUUUGCUGUCUUUUGGUUUUCCCU